AUGUUCAACUUCCAGAAUAUCACAUCCUCUUCCGUUAUUUUCCUGCUAACUGGUGUUCCUGGGCUGGAAGCCUUCCACAGCUGGAUCUCCAUUCCCUUCUGUUUUCUCUAUGUAACAGCUCUCUCAAGAAACAGCCUGAUUCUAUUUGUCAUUGUCAUUCAGCCCAGCCUUCAUGAGCCCAUGUAUUAUUUCCUCUCCAUGCUCUCCACCACUGACCUUGGCUUGUCCGUAUACACUCUGGUCACCAUGUUGGGUAUAUUCUGGUUCAAUGCCAGGGAGAUCAGCUUUACUGCCUGCUUGUCACAGAUGUUCUUUGUUAAACUCUUCACUGUCAUGGAAUUGUCAGUGCUGUUGGCCAUGGCUUUUGAUCGUUUUGUCGCCAUCUCUAAUCCCAUCCGGUAUGCCACCAUUUUAACUGACUCCAGAAUAAUUCAAAUUGGAGUGGCAAUUGUCAUCAGGGGGACACUAAUGCUGACACCAAUGGUAGCACUUCUUAUGAGACUGUCCUUCUGCUGCAGCCACGUGCUCCACUACUCUUACUGCUUCCACCCUCAUGUGAUGAAGCUCUCAUGCACAGACAUCAGGAUCAACAAUGCAGUUGGGCUGACUGCCAUGACCUCUACUGUUGGUGUGGACUCAAUUCUCAUCCCCCUUUCUUAUGUUUUGAUCAUUAAGACUAUCCUAGAAGAGAGGAAGAAAGCCUUCAGCACCUGUAUCUCCCAUAUUGGGGCUAUUGCUAUUUUCUAUAUUCCAUUGAUCAGUCUCUCCUUUGUUCACAGAUUUGGGAAACAAGCCCCAGCAUAUGUACAUACUAUGAUUGCUAACACCUACCUGCUGAUCCCCCCGGUCAUGAACCCCAUCAUCUAUAAUGUGAAGACAAAACAGAUACGCAGAGCUGUGAUAAAAAUUCUCCAUUCCAAAGGCACAUAG